AACCAGAGGUGUUCUUGUGCUCGUCUGAAGCGAGCGAGUCCUGCGGGAGUUCACAGCGAUCCUGAAGCCUUGGACCCAGCUGUUGAUUUUUAAUUGAUGCUGCUCAGUUUGGCUUCAAGGCUUUCAGAAUGAAAUGGACAACAAGAAACAAAUUUAAAAGUUCAAAGUGACAAUUCCUCGUGGCCUGGACAGCCGCUGCCCACGGCUCCCUGGCACAGCGCUGCAAAGGCCAAUUGCUCGUGGCCGGCGCAGCGCAGGCUGCAAAGGCCGGGCUCUGCAGUGCGGGGCUGGGGCUGGCACACGUGUGCCAGCGUGGCCAAAGCCUCUCAGGGCUCUGGGCACAGCAGGGGCCACAAGGCCACGGGUCCGGGGGCUGCUCCGGGCCGCUUCCUGCCCGCUGCGCUGCUGUUGGGCUGCCGGGGGUGGCCCUUUGUGACACGGGCGCGUGGGGUCAGGGCCCUCUGUGAUGCGGGACACGGUGGUGGCCAGAGAGCCUUGUGACAUCAGGGAGCCCCAGCCUGGCUGAGGGUAUCCAAGGGGCGCAGAGCCCUGGGGUGCCCAGUCCCAGGAGAGCCGCUCUCUCAGGAGGAAGCAGCUCCCUGCGUCUCUCUUCAUGAGAAGACAGUGGACAUUACAUCAAAUUACACGGAAGAUGGACAGAGAGAAAGAGAAUCCCAACUCCCAGACCACCCAAGGCCACCUGCUGAGCCUGCGGAGGAGGCCAAGAGAGAGGGAUGAGGCAGGAAGGAGAGGCCAGCGGACGGAGAAGGCCAGGAUCUUUGCUGUGCCAAGGGAGCCGUCUCCGUCCCACGUGUCCUCAUCCUCAUCCUCCUCACAGGUGCCCCUCAAGCUGCCACCGGUGGAGGUGAGGCAGCCAAAGGUGGGACCCAAAAACCUGAACAAACCAUCGGUCUCACCAAUGGAGCUCAGGCAGCCACAGGCAGCACCACAGGGCAGCCAGAGCCGGGCCCUGUCCCUCUGUGGGGACAGGCUGCCACGGCUGCCACGGCUGCCACAGCAGCCACAGUUGCCAAAGCUGCCACCACUGCCACAGCUGCCAUGGCUGCCACAGCUGUCACCGCUGCCACAGCUGCCACCACUGUCACCGCUGCCAAGACUGCCACAGCUGCCACCACUGCCACCACUGCCCUGCCUGGUGAGUCCCAGGCACACUCACAGCCAGGGCACAGAGCUGGGGAGCGCAGGAGAGAAGGGGCCCCAGCCCUGCAGCCCCUGUCCUGGGCAGCCACACACCCCCGUGCCCAGGGUGCUCUUGCCCCCGCUCAGGGUGGCCCAGGAGGGCACAGCCCUUGUGUCCCCAAGCUGGCAGCUGCAGCCUCUGCCACCCAUCCCCUCGGGGGCUCGAGCCGUGGAGCGCAGCCUCAUGGGCACAGCUCCAGGAAAAUGGGAUAACAGUGAGCUGUCCCGAGGGGAAAGUGACAGUGACCAGGAGCUGUCCCCAGUAGAAGAGGCCACUGAGCUCUCUCCAGGGGGCAGCAAGAGUGAGCCAGGGGUGUCCUCAGUGGAAGAGGCCAUCAACAUGAUUCCAGGGGACAGCACGAGUGACCAGGAACUGUCCUCAGUGCAAGAGGCCAUCGUGGCUGUUUCAGGGGACAGCCCAACAGAUGAGGAGCUGUCCUCAGUGGAAGAGGACAUCGAGGGCAUUGCAGAGGACAACACAAGUGACGAGAAGCUGUCCCCAGUGGAAGAGGCCUCUGAGGUCAUUUCAGGGUACAGCCCGACUGAUGAGAAGCUGUCCUCAGUGGAAGAGGCCAUCGAGGUCGCUCCUGAGGACAGCACAAGUGACGUCGGGCUGUACCCAAUGGAAAAUGACAAGGAGCACUCCCGAGGGGACAGCAAGAGUGACAAGGAGCUGUCCCCAGGUGAAAAGGAGUGUGAAAAAGAGCUGUCCCAAUGGCUAGAACAUGAAGCUGGAGAGCUCUCCCAAUGGGAAGAACAAGAGGAUGAAGAGCUCUGCCAUUGGGAAGAUGAGGAUGAAGCACUCUCCCAUAGGGAAGAAUGUGAGGUUGAAGAGCUGAGAAGGAUGACCCUGCUUGGUGGUAUGGAAGAAGAUUCAAGCUCAUCACCUGAACUGCCCAAAGUGGAAGAGAUAUCAAGACAUCAGAAGGUUGUGGAAUGGCUGGAAGCCAAUUUCCCCAAUGAUUAUGGUGAUGAGAAGGAAGAGAAGGAAGAGAAGGAAACUGAACUGAAUCAAAGAAUGCAAUGGUGCAAGCAGAAGGUGGAGGCCCAAUGGCGAGAGCUGUUGGACUCCUUGUCACUUCUCAGUUUCAAUCUCAGUGACGACGUGCAUUCCAAAGGGGAGCAGUGCAAAGUCCAAGAGAUGUCCCAAGGGGAAGAUGCCAUCCAGGACAACAUCUGCAAUAAACCCUUGGGGGAUGAUGAGGAACCCCUGGAGGGACCCAGCUGCUCCAGGCAUGUGGGCGCAGAGCUGGCAGCAGAGGCAGCCCGUGCCCUGCCCAGCGCCCCUCCUGCCCUAUGGAGUCCCACGGACACCGAGCUGGCAGCUGCUACCCCGGCCGGAGCUACUGAGGAGGAGGAGCCCCCUGAGGUUGUUGCUCCAGAGGAUGGAAAGGCAGCACAUUCUCUUCUCCUCAGUGAGGCGAGGACAGCCCCGGACACAUGGAGCCUGCUCAGUGUCCUGUUCUAUACUCCAGCCAGCAGCCCGGCUCAGCUGAGCAUGAACCAGAGCAGCAGCAGUGAGACCCUGCACACGGCUCUGCUGGAGAUGCAGGCACUGAGGCAGCAGCAGCAGCAAGAGGAUGCCCUGGAAGAAGGGAUUGCUGCAGAAAGAGAAGCAGCAAUUACAGCAAAAAGGGAAGGGAGCCCGGUGCCUGCCCCGCACGGCCCCCCCAGGCCCUGGCCCCAGCUGGGAGCCCAGGCCCUCCAUGGGCAGCCGGUUGCCCCCAGGAGACGUCCCUCCCGCUUCAGGCGGGCGCUGCGGGCGCUGCGGGCGCUGUUCCGGUGGCCCUGCCUGAGGCCACAGCCGGAGGAGUAAAACAGGGCACCGAGAGCAGGGAUUGCUCCCACAGCCUCCCUCCCGGCAGGACUGCGGCUCACACGGGGCGGCCAACACCAACGGGAGCUGGGACACCAACGGGAACAGGAAGAGGAGCACAAAGGAGGCGGUGACCAUGGAGAAGAGGAAGAAGAUGAUGAAGAAGGGGAAGGAAAUGAAGAUGAAGAAAGCGACCAAGAUGAAGAAGACCAAGAAGAUGAAGAAGGCCAAGAAGAUGAAGACGAAGACAAAGAAGAUGAGGAUGCUAAAGAUGAAGACAAAGAAGAUGAAGAAGACUGAGAUGAUGCUGAAGACGACUAAGGCGA